CAAUUAAAGCCAGCCCACCCCCUAUAGAGAGAGACAGACAGAGAGAGAGAGAGGAAGCCAAGAGUGGGAAGUGGUUCUGUGAGAGAGAAACAAAAGACUAGCUCGACAAACCCUAGCUUUCUCUCUCAAGAACCCCUCUAUCUCUCUCUAAAAACAGAAGAAUUUCGCUUGUUGUUCUUUCUGCCACCUCCAACCAAAAUGCAUAAGUUGGGUAGGGGUCACCGUGACAAAGUGCAGCAGUUCAUGACAAUAACUGGAGCAAGUGAAAAAGUUGCUCUGCAGGCUUUGAAGGCCAGUGAUUGGCAUCUUGAAGGAGCAUUUGAUGUAUUCUACAGCCACCCCCAGUUUAAAUCGUUUACUGAUACUAGACACUUGGAGGAGCUUUACAACAGAUAUAAAGAUCCAUACAUGGAUAUGAUACUAGCAGAUGGUAUUACUGUCCUUUGCAAUGAUAUUCAGGUGGAUCCUCAAGAUAUAGUCAUGCUAGUUGUUUCAUGGCAUAUGAAGGCCGCCACCAUGUGUGAAUUUUCCAAGCAGGAGUUUAUUGGAGGAUUACAAGCAGUAGGGAUAGAUAGUCUGGAAAAGUUCCGUGAAAGAAUACCUUUUAUGCGCUCAGAGCUGAAAGAUGAACAAAAGUUCCGAGAGAUAUACAACUUUGCUUUUGGCUGGGCAAAGGAAAAGGGUCAAAAGUCUUUGGCUUUGGAUACUGCAAUUGGAAUGUGGCAAUUACUAUUUGCUGAAAAGCAGUGGCCGCUGGUUGAACACUGGUGCCAGUUUUUACAGGCGCGACAUAAUAAAGCCAUCUCGAGGGACACAUGGUCUCAGCUAUUGGAGUUUGCAAGGACGGUGGACCCCUCGCUGUCGAAUUACGAUCCUCAAGGUGCUUGGCCAUAUCUCAUCGAUGAGUUUGUUGAGUACUUACUGGAGAAUCACCUAAUCCAAGCUGAUCAAAUGACUGAUUGGAACCAGAAGCGGUGAUGUAUUGUUGGACUGGUGAAUUAGGAGUGUUUUCUUAUUUUUCAUUAGUGUGAUGAAGUUGUGCUGCCUUGUGAUUGCGCUCAGAUUGGCAAAAUAAGACCAAAUAGGGAAAAGAAAAAAAAAGAAAAAAAGAAAAAAAGGGUUAAAAAAGACUUGCUCAUUCAAACAAUGUUUCCAUUGGCAUUGUUCAUGAUCAGUAAAUGAGAAUGUUGGUAUUGGUAUAUGCAAUUUCUGUUCAAAUAAAAGACAGGAACUGAACACCCGGUGCUUACGUUUUGGUUUGAGGAAUAACUCAUCUUUGUAAUCUCUUUAAGAUUUCACGCGCAUCAUGUAUAUGUGUGUACAUAUAUGUUAGCCAUCACUUUGUGGAUUUUGGUUGCCUGA